CAGUAGCUCAGAAAAAUGAAAUAAAGACCAAGACAAAUAGAUGCAUCAAAGCCAGUGCUCACUAUAAGCACUUUAGAAGCAUUCAACAAUGCUGAAGGACAAGAGCCCGAAAUCAAAAACACGGAAUAAAUCAUUACUCCUGAUUAACUCAUGAAAGAAAAGUAAAUUGCAUACAUCUGUUUAAUUACAAAAGAGGAGUUUAAGAUAGAGGAAUUCACCUUUCUGAAAUGUGAAAUCUCUACCUUGCUCCUCCAUACUUGCCUUAUUUAUUUUUAUAUUAUACUCAUUAUUAUUUAGACCUAAAUAAUUUGAAGAGCCCACACUCAAAUCAUAAUUGCCUUCCAGAUGUCGUGAGGAUUACAUUCAAUACAAAGUACCAGUUUAUC